CAUGCUGUUUUCUUUCGUUCUCUGCUAAACUUCUCGUCAAUGAACCGCUAAGCAGAGAUAAGUUCACAAGCUUGACAUCAUUUAAAUAAAUACAAUAUUUAAUAUAAAAAGAAAAAUAUAUAUAUUUUUUGUUUAUUAAAAAAUAACAAAAAAUGAAAGAAAAAAUCCAUAUAUGAAAAACGAACAUAAAAUAUCGAGUUUGAUUGAAAAUUGUGUGAAAGAAAAAAUAUAUGAGUAGAUAUGAGUACAAGAAAUAUAUAAGAAAUUAAAAAAAUGUGAGAAAGAGAAAGAAAGAGAGAAGAUAAAAGAUUCUCACAAGAUGAUUAUGAUAGAGAACGAGUACGAGUAAGAAAAGUAAAAACAUUGAAAAUGAUACCGAGGAUUCGAAAUAAUAAGAAUUUGAAGAUCAAAGUGAGAAUAAAUUGAUGAAUAACGACAUUCAAGAGAAGAUCUCAGAGAGAUAGGUUGUAAGGGUCUGUGGAAUGUUAUAUAGUCGGCUUGGUCCGUCCGAUCCAGAAUAAAGAAUCUCAAAGAAGACUGAGCAGAGAGACAACAAUGGGUGCACUGCGGCGAAUCUUCGGAUCGGCGCUCUUUGUGUUACUCGUACGGCUUCCUUACUAGUGCAAAUGUCAUUGAAAGAGUCCGAACGUGUACUCCCGUAGAAUUAUUCAUCUGUCACACAAAGAGAGAGAGAGAGAGAGAGAGAGAGAGAGAGAGAAAGAGAGAGAGAGAAAGAAAGAGAAAGAGAGAGAAAGAGAGAAAAGAUAAUCUACGUAUGAUGAGCUCGUAAAAUGUUCCGUUUGUUCGUUUCGAAGAUGUGCCGUACUUUGCGUGAAAUUUAGAUUUUGAAUCUUUAAGUCUACGGAAGAAGGAAACGUAUUGUUCGAAAGAAAACGAUCAUGGCCAUUUCGUGGAAAUUAUCUAAAUAACUUUGUUCUCUCAAGUUUCUUGCUUUUUUUUUUUAAAUAGCACGUGUCGCGCGUCGCAUCUUUUGAUUUACGUAUAUUCGUUUGCCGAUCGAUCGAUCUUUUUUUGAUUAAAACAUAAAACGAUUGUUAUCGAUAAAAAGAAGUUUAUGUGUGAGUAAAGAUGAAUGUGUGUGAUGGUCAGUGACGGUAAAUGACGGAUAAAAUGACGGGUACUUUAACUAUGUUCUAGUGUUUACUUAAUUCAUUUUUGCUUAAUCGAAUAUUUUUGACAAUAGCGACGUUUCACGUGCUUUCGAAAACGUGUGCCAUAUACAGAUUCUUACAUGAAUGUAUAACAUUCCUCUGAAAAAUACACAACAGUUCAAACUCCAUUAUGGAUGCAUUACGUUUAGCUGUGCAGACACGGCUAGGGGAGAGGAUGGUCAGCAUGAGCUCCAUGCUUGUGGAAACAGUCAGUAUAAAUUAUGAAGAUUUUAAUGAGAGUUUCUUAACAUGUGGGACAUGUUUAUGUGUUUAUGAUGGUGGGGAGCAUACUCCAAAACUAUUACCAUGUUCUCAUACGGUAUGUUUACAUUGUUUAACAAGAAUUGCUGCAUCACAAACAAGAGAAACUGGAGCAUUUCGAUGUCCGAUUUGUAGAGAAUUAAUAACUAUCCCUCGUGGAGGGGUUCCUGCUUUACCUCCCAGUUUUCUUGUCAACCAACUUCUUGAUCUUAUGUCCAGACAGAGACGAGAGGUUAUUCCAAAGUGUUCAGUACAUAUAAAUCAAGAAUUGCUAUUUUGUGAAACUUGUGAUACAGUUUUUUGUACAAUAUGUACAAGUGGUACACAUGCAGGUACAUCGCCAGGCUGUACGGAACAUACAAUUAUCCCUUUUAGCAUUGCAAUAAAACGGAUGUCUGAAAUACUACUUUAUAAAGCAAAUGAAUGUAUAUCUAAGUUGACACAGGCUCAAGAUUCUGUGAGCACAGAACUUCAACGUUUAGACGCUGCUAUGGAAAGAUGUUUACAUGCUGUUGAUGCUGAAUUUGCGGAUAUUAUUUCUAAAGUAGAAAAACGUCGUGUGGAAUUACAAGCUGCCGUUAGUGCUGCUGUUAGAGAUAAAAAGCGAGUACUUGAAGAACAACAUGCCGCGAUAGAAGCGGAAAAAAAUAAAGUUGAAAGAGAAUGUGAAGGAUUGCAAUAUCAAAUUGAAGUUCAAAAUAUAACGCAACGAAUUGGAAGCUUAUCUGAUCAACUUGAUGCAGCUACAGCGCUUAGUGAGCCAAGGGAAAAUGCUUUUAUUACGUUUGAAUUUUAUCAUAAUAAUGCAUCUAUUGAAUUAGAAAAGGCACUUAAUAACUUAGGAAGAAUACGCUCCAGUACAACAUUACCUGGUUUAUGUAGAGCUAGACUUAAAGAUCCAGCAAUAGUUAAACUGCAAGGAGUUGUUGUAGUUGAAACAGUUGAUUACCAUGGUCAUCCGCGUAAUGUUGGAGGAGAUCCUAUUGGAGCAGAUUUAAUGCUAGCAGAUAAUAUUCAAUUAGAAAAUCAAAGUCAAUCAAUUGAAACUGAAGUUAAAGACUUAGAUAAUGGUACUUACGAAGUACUGUUCAGGCCACCAUAUGCUAGUCGUUAUAUUUUAAAAUUAUCUGUAUUCGAAAGACCUAUUAAAGAUUAUCCAUUGUUCUUUGAUGCCACGGAACAUAAUGAACCAAUUAGAGUCUAUGGAAAAAGAGGAAAUGGUGAAGAUGAAUUUCAUCAACCAGUUGGAGUUGCAAUUGAUGAUAAUAGAUAUGUUUAUAUUUUAGAUACUGGCAAUUCACGAAUCAAGGUACUGAAUAGUGAUUUAGAAUUUCAAAGACACAUAAACAAUGAAGGCUUGGAAGGACGUAGUUGUACAGGAAUUGCCAUAUCUCAACAAGGUCUUGUUGUUGUUAAUUGGAGAACACGAAGAAUCACAGAAAUGAGUAUACUAGGUGAUACAAUUCGAUCUUUCUCUCAUAAUACUUUUCAAGAACCAAUCGAUAUAGCAGUAGAUAGAAGCUAUGGACAUAUACUUGUCGCUGACAAUGGACAAAGUUGUGUUUUUGUAUUUGAUUCUGAUGGUAAAAUACUGUUUCAGGUUGGUAAAAGGGGCACCUUUAGAUUAAUUAGUUCUGUUACUGUUGGUCCUGCUGGAGAAAUUUUAGUUGCUGAUAGUCGAAUUCAAGUAUUUUCUGCUAAGGGUGACUUCUCUGAAGAAAUAUAUGCUGAAGGAAAAAAUAAAGGCAUAUAUGGUGGUAUAACAGUUGAUGCAGAAGGUAGAAUACUUGCUACUCGUACAGAUAAAGGUCGGAGCAUCAUUCAAGUGUUAAAGCUGGGAGGAGGUAAUAUUUUAACUGAAAUUGAUUCUCAUAGUUCAAAAUUACGACGUCCAUCAGGUAUUGCGGUAUUAGCAGACAAUCAUUUAGUCGUGGUUGACUUGGGUAAUGAUUGCAUAAAAAAAUAUAGAUAUUGGUAAAACUUGUUCUUAAUUGACAAAUUUCACUUCGCGACUGAAUAAAAUAUAAUUAUAAAUAUGCCAAAUGUUCUACAGUUUUAUUAGUUUCUAGUUUAAUAGCUUUUAAAAUUCUAAUGUUAAUCAUAUAAUAACAGUUUUGAUACGGAUUUUAUAAUUUAGUCUGCUUUGUAAAUAAUUGUAUAAAGCGAGUCUAAUAGUUGAAUAUAAAUACGUUUAAUUUGUCACUUAAUUCAGAUUUUACCGACUCGCUUUUAUAAAUUUUCUACUACUAUCAUAUGAAAUGUGACAUGUUAAUUCUGAGUGCUCUGUACUUACACUAUACAAGCAAUGAAGCUUAUUUAUACUUUAAAAAUCCUACAUUUCUUUUUUUAUAUAUCUUAUAGAAGUAAUAAUGAUAUAUACAUUCAGGCAUAAUAAUUAUAUAUUUUUUAAAGUAUAGUUGAACAAAGCACAGGAUAUUAAUGUAAACAAAAUGAUUUAUAUUUAGAAAAUUCACGAUUUAGUAAUUAUUAUUACAAAGACUAUUACUAUACAUACCAAUUUAAUGUGCUUCAACUAUGUUUAAAAUAGUAAUAUGAUACUGCCCUACUGCAUUAUUUUAAACUCAGAGCAAAACAUACUCGAGAAUCUCAUGUUUUUUAACUAAUCAAUAUUUACGUAUAGAUCAUUAUAUAUUAUACUUUAUUUUUAGCUGUCAUUUCCUUUUUCUUCUUUUUUUAAUAUUUCGCUUGAUUUUUAAAUUACUAUAAAAAGUAUAAAUAAUUUUUUAAAUAGAAUUUCCUACUUUUCGUAUGUGUCAUACAGAAAUAUCAGGUCAUAAUAACAGCACUUUUGUACAUAUUAAUACAUCUAUGUAUGUAACUUACACACCAAAGCUUGACUUCUUCUGUUAACAAAAAGCAAUUAAGGCCUUGAGAAACAAACUUAUUUCUUAGUAACAUUUUUUAGGAAAAAUAGUUAUUUUUUCCAAAAUCUGUACACAAAAAAAUUAUAUUUGCAUUUUCAUUAUUCAUUUAUUGAUCUUGAAUCUGUGAUGUGAAUUAUAUUGUUGAUUAUAUGCAUAGAUUAACUUAAUUUUUUUUAAUGAAUUUUACAUAAAAAAUUUCAAUAGACUGACAAUUUUUAUUAUAAUUUGCAAUAACAAUGAAAAGGUAUGUUAGAAUUUGAUUUAUAUUUUUACAGUAUUACUAUAACUCUUAUUGAAAACAAUAUUAGAUAAAAUGCAAGAAUUUCUAAUCUCAUAUAAAAUGAGAUAAGAAAUUUAAUUUAUAUUGCGAUGAGUUAAUAAUUUUAUUGGAAUUUAUGAAUUUAUAUUAUCAUGACACUUAAUAGAAUUUAAUUAUAGAUUAUAAUACUCUUUUUUACAAGUUUAUAUUAGGUAACAAGUUUUAUAUUAUAUAGACACCUUACUUGAAACAUAUUUAAUUAUUGUUAUUGAAAUACCUAGGUACAGAUAAUGUUAUUUACAAUAAAAUGUAAAUGCAAAAAUAGAUACCCUGCAUCAUACAUAUCUGUAUAUAGAUCAAAAAAUUGUAUAUUUAAUAAAAUAUAUAUACUACUUAUAUUUUUCACGAAAGAUUAUGAUAUACGAAGGAACGAAAGUUUCUUAUAAUUAAACUUUUAACUGUAUUUUUUUGAAAGAAUACACAAUGAUUAAAUGUUUUUUGAAUUUUUAAUUUGAAUAUUUUUUGUACGUAAAUAUUAACGUUUGAAAAUACGUAUAGUAUUAAAACAAACAAUCUGCACCUAGGUACACAAAAUAUAUGUAUAUCAAUGUAUUAUGCCAAAUAUUAUUUUUUUUCUUUUAUGUUUACAUGAUUCUUAUAUUUUUCUCACAUACUGAUAUUUUGAAUUUUCUGAAUAUAGUAUGCAAAGUCACUGUAAUUGACCAUAAUAUCGCUCUAAUUGUCUCCCUUUGUUCUAUGUUUUAAUAUGUUAAUUAAAAUUUAUUUAAUUUCACUAAAUGAUUUGUGUUUCAUUUGUAAAAAUAUAAUUUCAAUUAGAAUAUUUUAUAUCAUACAUAUGCUAGUACAUAUCCUGAAAUGAAAAAUUAUAUUUGGUUGAAUCUACUUAAGAAAUGGCAAAGAGAAAGAUUUUUGUUAUUAUGUGCAUUUAAUACUUAAAUUUUGUAUGCAUUCUACAUUUGUAUUUGUUUCUAUGUAUCAAGAAUCGUUCGCUAUUUUUAUGAACAAUAUCAUUAGAGAGUGUAUACAUAAUGUAAUAUGUCGUGAAACUUGAAUAUGAUACAUAUAGCAGAAGCAUUUACAAAAUUCCUUAAGUAAAAUAUUACUUUGCCUCAUGUACUGAAGUUACUAAUGUGAUUAGCAUGCACAGGCAUACACUUAUAGUAGUAUCUCUUGAUUUACCUUUAUUAUAAAUAUUAUACAGUAAUAUUUUGUCGUUAUUAGGCAAUUAUUAUAAAAAAAAUUUUUAAAUGAUAUACUACAGUUGCCUAUUAUGUAUGGUAAGCGAUCAAAACUUUUAUAAAUGUAUCUUAAUAUGUUAUGAUACAUAUAAUUUGGCUCCUAAUCAGGAAUAAAUAAAUCAAAUAUAUAAUUAUUACAAUACAGAAUAUAGAACUGAAAUAGUUAUAAAUUGCCAAAGUUCAAUUGUAUAAAUAAAUAUAGGCAAUAAUUUCAAACAAUAUCUUUUUAUUUUUUGGGACUGAAUUAUAGAAGUACAACAUUCCUUGUAGACUGCUUGGCAGACUUUAAUAUAAAUAGAUAGAUAUGCUAUAUAUAUAUAUAUAUAUAUAUAUAUAUAUAUAUAUGUUUGUGUAUGCAUAUAAUGAAUAAUUACAAAUGCACCGAUGUAUUAGUCCUUUAGUGCAAAACAUGGCAGUGCCUUUAUUGAUAAAAAUUUCCAUGUAAUGUGCCUAUUAUGAUUCAUCAUAAGCCAUUCGGAUUCGUUCAUAGAUUUUUGAAAAAACGAAUAAUGAACUUUAAAAUAAAAGUGUCAUAAAGUUCAAUUGGGACAUGAUGUUAUGAAAUGGACUUAUGAUUUUAUGAAAAUAAUAAUAUUCUUAAAUUGUACAUUUCUCGUUUCUAAAACAGAUGAUUUAAAUAUUUUAUUAAAUUUUCAUGUUACAAGAAGCAUGCUAUAAACAUAGAAUCUGUUGUAAAGUAUAGAUCUGUUAUUUUUUGUAAAGCAUAAUCUGGAUAAUAUAACUAGUAUUAUUAUACUAAUAUUCAAACUUUGGCAAAAUUAUGAAAGUUUUUAAAGUUAAUGUAAUUAUAACUAUUUUUGUUACAAUCAUAAUGUCAUUAAAUGUCAUAAAUAUCAUAAGCAUGUAUAAAUUGGAUCUAAAUUUAGAUUUGAUGUGGCAGUUUUACUUUUUGAUCCUUCUAGUCGUAUGCUAUUUGUAGUUAUAACUGAUGACCUAAUGUUAUAUAUUAUGUGCUGUUACAUAAAAUAAACAUUGUAAAUAAAUAUGUAAUCAUAGUCUGUGAAAA